UCCUUCCUUCCUGCCUCUGGCCGCACGGUUCGCGUUAUGGGUCAGAGCCUCCGAUCCGCCGGCAAUACCUGAGGAUCCCGGAGCCCGCCCCCGCCAUGGAGGAGGACCAAGAGCUGGAGAGAAAAAUAUCUGGAUUGAAGACCUCAGUGGCCGAAGGCGAGAGGAAGACAGCCCUGGAAAUGGUCCAGGCGGCUGGGACAGAUAGAUGCUGUGUGACGUUUGUUUUGCAUGAGGAGGACCAUACCUUGGGAAACUCUCUGCGGUACAUGAUCAUGAAGAACCCAGAAGUGGAAUUUUGUGGUUACACCACGACCCAUCCUUCAGAGAACAAAAUUAAUUUACGCAUUCAGACUCGAGGUGCCCUCCCGGCUGUGGAGACGUUUCAGAGAGGGCUGAAUGAGCUCAUGAAUGUCUGCCAGCAUGUGCUUGACAAGUUUGAGGCCAGCAUCCAGCACUAUAAGGAGCAAAAGGCCAGCAAAAGUGAAUCCACGUUCUAGUCCGUUCCACAGGCUACAAGGAGGAGCAUCUGGGAUAACUCCCUUUGCUGUUGUACAGAACCCAGAAUUAGCAGUUUGUGAUUGUAGCAUGUCCUGCCCUUCCAAAAAGUGUGCUAGCUAUGAACUCAUUCAUCACAGCUGUUGGAAAUCCUGCAAGAACCUCUGCAUUC